CGUAAGCUGCCAUUACUAGGCGGAAGUGAAGCUGACUUUUGGGUUGACACGUAAAGUUACUGUUUCUUUCUAUCGGACAUAAAUAAUCAAGGACAUAAUUGCGGAAUAGUGCAGUCAGUGACUAUGACUGUUUACGUAAGUUUGUUAGUUUGCUCGACGACAUCAUGGAUUGAGUGCAGCACACAGACAACACACCGAGAUUUAGAUUAUAUCUAAACAUUUCUUUUGAAUUUGUUAAUGGAAACAACAGCAGAAUGAAGAUCACUUUUAAAAGCAUGUUUUUAUUACUGAUGUGCGGUUUGUUUGAUGCGGUGACCGGUGAAGUGAAGACUUUUCCAGUGAUGGAGGGAGAUUCUGUCACUCUACACACUGAUCUCACUGAUAUAAAGACGGUUGACAGGAUAGUCUGGACGUUUGCUGAUGAAGCCUCUACUGAUCUUCUGGUUGAAAUGAGAAAAAAUAAUAUCUCAUAUGUUGAGGGGAGAUUCAGAGACAAAUUGCACAUAUCAGACCCUAAGGUUGGAGAUCUCACCGUAAAGAACAUGAGAAUCAAACACUCUGGAAUCUAUAAGGCAAAUAUCGUCCGCACUACUGGAACAACAUACAAGACAUUCAGAGUCCUUGUUAGUGAAUCUCCUCGUGUUCUGGAUGCUGGCACAUGUGAAAUGAAGUCGGUGUUGAAAGUGGGCAAUUCAGUCACUCUACACACCGAUGUUCAAACACACGGAGAUGAUCUGAUAGUGUGGAGGUUUGGAGAUGAGGGUGUUCUUCUAGCUAAAUAUGAUAAAGAAGACAAUAAGAGCUCAAUAUAUGAUGAUGAGAGACUGAGUGGCAGACUUAAGUUGGAUGAUCAGACUGGAUCUCUCACCAUCAGUAACUUCAGAUUCUCGGACUAUGGACUAUAUAAACUGAAGAUCAGCAGUAACAGCAAAAAUACAUUGUUCAAGACAUUCAGUGUAUAUGUCAGCGGUUCAUCUUCAGAGGAUUCAGAUACUUUGGCUAUAUCAAUUAUUACUCUUCUGUUUGUUGCUGCUGCUGCUUUAAUAAUUUACUGUUGCCGAAGGUACUCAAUAGCAAAGGACAUGUUUCCACAUUUGAGAGAUCCUGUUACUUUAUGCACUGGUGUCACUGACAUACAGGCCGAUGAUGAGAUCCUGUGGAGAUUUGGACCUGAAGACAAUCGUAUAGUUCGAAUCACUGGAGGGAUCAAUGAGCCUUCAUAUCAUUACUUCCCUAAUGGAAGAUUCAGAGAAAGACUGGAGAUGAACAACAAGACUGGAGAUCUCACCAUCAGAAGCACCACAACUGAACACAAUGGAGUUUAUCAAGUAGAGAUUUACCGCAGCGGAAAGACCACAUACAAGGAAUUUAGGGUUACAACAUCUGACGCCGCAAGAAGCAGAGGAAAUGAAGCAGCAAAUGUUAACAUGCCAGCUGAAUAGAUGCUCAACAUCACAAGUGUGCAACAUCUGUUACGUCAUCCACAUCUACAGUAACAAAACUUUUGUACUGUUUACAUGAGAAUAAACUCUAUGUGUGCUGUUCAGCACCAGUGAGAAAAGCUUAUAAAGCUUAAGUUACAAUGUUUCGUUUAUAAAAAGGGAAACAAACUUUCAUUUAUUUGCCGUUCACACUGAUCAAUGAUCAGAAUGUGUUUAUCUUUAUAUUUUAUACCAGUUACUCACUGCAAAGCAUAUUAUCAGUUUGACUCUCAUUGUUGAUGGGAUAUGGGAUGAUCAUCACAUCACACAGAGCUUCGUGUUCAAGGCUGAACUUCUCACAACCGCAGAGGAAUGUAAAUUUCACUAAAAAACCCUUUCAAGAGACUUUGGCAUUAGUGUACUCUGUCUGCUUAUGAGUUUUUGUUGCCUCUGUUAUUGCAUAGCUUAAUAUCAAUCUUUUCAAAAUUUUGUUUUAAGUAGACACCUUAUUUGAAACACAGAGCAUUGUGCCAUUCAUCAGUCACCUAUAUUAUAUUUUCUAUUCUCUGCACUUUACCGUUCAACCCCAUUAUCCUGACAUAUUUCAAGUCUAUUGUUCAUCGUUGUCCUACUUCUUACAAAACCACUCGAUUUCUUCUGGUAUAUAUAAAGUCCCUCCUUUAGAGGCGUUCUGAUUGGUAAAGCUGACGAGGUCUUUCUUGUUUAGCUUCCGCUUCUCAGGCUGUUGUGAUUGGUCAGUGCUAAAAACAAGCAGAUUGACCAGGCACAAAAACAAGCAGGACUUCAAUGAGCGUUUCAUUUAAGUGUUUAAGAGGUAAGCGCACACACUCUACAGUGUUUUACACAGAACAGCUUUCACAGCCGAUGUUAAAGUCAUGAAAUCUUUUAUUUGACUGUUGGUUAUCUUACAAUGCGUGUAGCUGAACUCUUAUUACCAGCUGUAAGACUGUGAUGAAAGUGAAAGUAGUUUAGCGCGCAUCUCAGUCAAAUGUUUAUGAUCUCUGAUAUCCAAACACUACUCCAGCGUCUCUUCCACUUUCUAAGGAAGGCCCACCCCCUUUUUAAAGUAUUCCUCUGGGCAGAGGUUAUAAAAAGCACUCAGAAUAGUGACAUCAUAUACCCGGGAAGUAGAGGUCUGUAGUCCGAUUCCAGCCGUUUCUGUAGUCCUUGAAAAACGAUUUCUGUUAAAGACAAUAUCUCGCCUUGCACUGAACUUUGAGCCUUAUCAUUUCACAGGUAUUAUUAAUGCUCUUACAACAACAUUACAUACUAACUAAAGGUUGAAAAAUGGGAUUGCGGGAAACGUGCUCUUUAAGAGUAUUUUAGUGUUUCUUUUACAUUAUUAUUUGCUACAAUAGGAAAUUACACUUAAACAUUUUUGUUACUUGUUACUCUCAUAAAUCUGCUCCCUGAUCAGAUCUGAAUGUAAAAUAGGAAAUGUGAAUUCACUCUCAGUACAGAUAUAAAAAGCGUCAUUAAGUCUUUAAAUAACAUGACUUCUUGCACUUAUUAUAAAAAAGGUUUCAGCACUGAUGUUCACCUUUUAUACAAUGUCAUUAUUAAUAAAUGAAGAAAAUGGGAAAUUAA